AUCUGUGAAAAAGAUUAAUGAUGCCCGGCGGUGGUCGGUGUGCAGCUUGCAAAUAUUUGCGAAGAAGGUGCCCUUCGGACUGCAUUUUCUCUCAUUAUUUUCCAGCCAAUGAUCCUCAAAGAUUUGUUUGUGUUCACAAAAUCUAUGGCGCCAGCAAUGUUGCAAAGAUGUUGCAGCAACUUCCUGCAAAUUUACAGGCUGAAGCAGCAGAUUCGUUGAGUUUUGAGGCAAGGCAUCGAGUUGAAGACCCAGUUUAUGGCUGUGUUGGAAUCAUUCAUCGUCUUCAUGAACAGAUACAUAACGCAGAGACCCAAUUAGCCAGGACUCAAGCACAACUUUCAGUUUUCAUUAGCACAAGAAUAGAUUAGUUGAACCUUCAACAUCUAGUUAAACAGUACACACAGUACAUCAUUUACACGAUAGAAUUAGAUUUCAAAACUGUAUGUACUAUUUUUAUUUAUUGA